AUGUAUAAUUUAUUGACCUGCCCUGAUGAUAUUACUGAAGCAAUUUCAAGUCUCAUAUUUGCCUCGGCAAGAUUUGGGGAUUUCCCUGAACUUAAAUGUGUUCGAAAGCUGUUCGAGGAGCGUUUCGGAAAGAGUUUCAUUGUGGCUGCUGUUGAAUUAAGUCCUGGAAAUCUUGUGAACAAACAGAUAAAAGAGAAGCUUGUAAUGCAGCCUGUCCCAAAUCAUGAGAAACAAAGACUAAUCAAUGAAAUAGCAAGAGAUUGCUUUCAUCCAGCAGUUUUGGCUCUUGAAAACUGUCCGGAUUGGCAUAAAAAACAGGUACUGCAAAAUGGAGAUCAAACUACUGUUAAGGGAAAAGUAGAAUCAGAAGAGUUGGAGAGAGUUGUAAUAUCUCUCGAUUCAACACGAGACAGCAACUGUGGCGUCUUGGAUUCUUGGUGUCAUUCUACUUCUUCCAGCCCUUCAGUUUCUCAAUCUUUUCCAAAUGAUGCAUCCACUUCUGAAUUCCUUCCAUUUUGUGAAGAAGCUAUGGUUUAUUUCGAUGAUGUUGUUGAGCUUUCUGACCCCUCAACAGAAUAUGGAGACUUGUUGGAUCAGAGAUUCUUUAAGUUCAAAUCACUUAUUACAAGCACGAGAGAAGAAAAUGUUGGAGAUGGUGACGAUCAAAGCCUCAUAGAAAAUCAUUAUGGUUCCAAUAAAAAAGCAGUUUCGGGAAGAUCUAAUCAGAUUAUAAAUGGAUCUCCGAAAGAACCAAGUAGAAGGUCGAUGCGUCGAGAGCAAGAGAAUCAUAGCCUAAAUCAUACAAAGAAAAAACUCAUGAAGUGUUAUUGCUUAUCAUGCCACAGCUUGUCAUCUGAACUGCAAAACUACUGCGUGGAGCAGCAAUGCUAUGUCCAUUCUGAGUGUAGAACAGAUUUUUCUGUUAUUCAGUCUUCAGAAGCUAAUAAUUCGGAUUAUGAUUUGUCUAGCAAAAAUUUAUGGAAUGCAGAAUCAAAUGAAGAGAUUGAAUUCAUUACGUUUUCGAGGGCAAAGGAUCAAAGAAAUUAUGGGAUUGGAACAGUGGUUUACGAUGUUUUUGUUUACUCUCAGUGUCAGCCAGAUGAAAACAAGGAAACUAAUACAAAACUAAAAGAACUCAGUACAAAUGGUAAGCAUGAACCUUCAAAGUUCACAAAAUGUAUGAAAGGUGCCGAUAAGUAUCCAAGCCAUGUUCAUCCAAAGUUGCCCAAUUACGAAGAAAUCGCAGCCAAAUUCAUAUGUUUGAAGAGAGAGUAUUUGGAAAGAUCAAUGAAAGGACGCAACUAGCAACAACUUCAGUAGCAAUAGAACAAGGGGAAAAAAAUGUGUAUUUUAUUACCUUAUGAAAAGGAAAAAAAAUAUUCCACUACGAUUGUAAUCAAUUGUUUAUAGAAGUCAAUAUUCAGUUUCAAUACAGAUAGGAUGAGUCAAAAA